AUGCAAAUGGAUGAAGCUGAUAUCCGUUCAGAAACGCAAAUAGCGCUUACUGAUGAUAUGACGGAGCACGUGGCAACUUGUUUGAGGAAAUCAUCGGAUAACAUCAUCUUACGCACAAGACGCCGUAAUUACUUAAUUAAAGUAGAGAACUUCGCGAAAUGCUCCGAAAAAAUCGCCCUGUUGAUGAAAUGCGGAAAGGUACCACCAGCAAUUGAUCUAUCAUGCUAUGAUGUCGGCGCUGUACGUACGCUGACAGAUUUUAUUGCUGGAAUAGAUAAACGUAAUUUACGCUUGGGUGAUAAUAUUCUCACUGAUUUGCUUCAAUUAGCACGCAUUUUUCGUAUGAAUCAAUUUACCUCUUUAAUCGUAGAGCAUGUAAUCGAAAAAGUGGAGAAAGGACCACGUUCAAAUCUUUUAUUAGCCUUAAAUUUGGUAUCUUCUGAUUGGAGCAUGUUUUUGCGCAUUAAUGAAACAUCCGCGCUUGUGGAAUCUGCUGCAGAAAAUAUCAGCGAAGUUGCCAUGUCGACUUUUUUCUACAUUCUACCAGCAGCAGUUCUGGUUAUGCUUUAUAGCAGAUGUGACGUAGACAUAUCAUCCGAAGUGGAAUUAAGUCAGCGUUUUAUUCACUGGCUCAAGAAAAUGAUCCGGACAGAUAGUGAAGCCGAAAUUCUCUUCUCUUGCAUCCGGACACCGUUCCUAUCACCAAAAGAUCGUGAAAUCAUUCGAGAAAAAUGCAUUGGAUUACCAAAAAGUAUGACAAAUGUGAUUGAGAAUACACUAAAUUCAUCGCGUAACCACCGUUGUUGCGUGAUUCGUGAACAUGUUGAACGUCACUAUCCACGUUGUGGAAUUCCAGACAGCAAUAGUUAUUUUAAAGUAAAUGCCAUCAAUUUAACAACUAAAGCGAUAAGGGAUAAAAAUAGAGAUGAGAAACUUUCGUUGCCUUCAAAAUAUUUGGAAAAGGAUCUUUUGACGGCUUGUGAAAGCAGCAGUCACUCGGAAAGCACAGAUACAAAGAAUCAGGGAAUAACUGGUGACAAAGAUACUGAUGGCAGAUGCAAGAGACGAUCCAGAAAGGAUAAGAAGUAUCGCACAAAUUAA